AUUGAUAAAAUUUCGAUUUUUAAAUCCGAAGCUCAGCUUACUGCCAGAAUCAAGCAUUUUUGGUUUGAAUCGAAUGCGGAGGUGUUGAUAUUGCAAUGUGAUUUGACAGCAGUGAGUGCUGGAUGCAUCAAGCUUGCGAAGUUCAUCAUCGAACAACUGCGAAAAGAGUUCAUGAUUUCAGAUCAAAAUUCAAAGGUGAAGCAUGUUUGCAUCAUUCUUCACAUGAUGAGGAACAACGAGGCUACAACCAUGUCCUUUAAUUUUAUGUGCGGAUGGAAGCUUGUAACCAUAGAAAAUUUGAUUCCUCAAGGGCAAACAUUGACCACCUUUCUAGAUAAUAAUUUGAAUGAGAUCCUUGAGCACGUGUAUUCAUUUAAAGAAAUUAUCUCUCAAGAAUUAUUAUGGUGCCUGCUCUGCAUGAAAUUUCCCUCGACUCCCGAAUCCCUUGACUAUAUAAAAUUGCUCGUCCAUAAAAUUCCCGAGCGUGAGGAGUUUCUUGAUUGCCUAAAAGUCAGAACUCUCGAGUGGCUCGCUAAAAAUAUUCCAGAAGAUUGGCUUUUGCGAGUUGCCUCAAAUAAAAAGGACUUGUAUUUGUAUUCUUCAUUUUCCUUAUCGUUGCAAAUGUACAUUCGUGAUCAAUCUCGAAAACCAAUUUCAAAAUUGCUUUGUGUCCUGGAACGAUUGUCAGGGCUUUCCCCGUUAUUCAUUAAAAAUGAUCCAUCGUCGGAUGAACUAUUUGAAUUUUGGAAACGAGCAUUCAUAGAUUCUAAAAUUGUCAACAUAGAAUAUUUGCCAGACCCAAGACCAGAUUUUUAUCAGAUACCCGCAAGAAAUAAUAACGCCCAAUUUCCAUUCUCGACGUACUACAUGGACCAGAUAAAUAAAUUCAAGAAGUUGUAUCAGGAGGAUCUUUCA